CGGCCGCGGGUGUUGUCACAGGCCGGAAAGUCCCUGUGCUCUGCCGGUGGAAAUCCCCGGUGGGGGUUUUUUGUGUUGUGUUUUCAAUCUGCUUGCCUUUUUUUUUUUUUUUUUUCACCCAGGCGCUUAAACAGAAAGGGAAAAAAACAAGAGGCUGGGCUCAGCCCUUCAUUCCGCAGCGGCGGCAGCGGCAGCAGCAGCUCCGGCGGGAAGAGGGUGGAGAGAAGGGCAAGAAGGAGCUCCGGCGCGGUGGGGAUUGAUGGAUUCCGGGCGCGGCUGCGUCCCACCGCCUCAGCCUCGCUGCUGAGAGGAGUCGCGGCAGGAUCGGCCGGAGGAGGAGCCGUCCGCGGAGAGAUAUCUUCUAGAAACAUGGCUGGCCAACACAUCCUUCCUCAAGCUUUAUAUCAGAGCAAUAUGCUGAAGGCUAUGAAGAUCAGAGAGAGGCUACCUGAGGACCUAAUCAAACCUCCCAGUGGAAUAAUUCAUCACUUCAGGACUAUGCACAGAUACACAAUAGAAAUGUUCAGAAUGUGCCAGUUUUGUCCCCAGUUUCGGGAGACGCUUCAGAAGUCCCUGACUGACCAGGCUACCCAGACUUCACUGGAGCGCCACAGGAAGCUCAACUGGUGCAGGGAAGUUCGGAGACUUGUUCCUUUGAAGACUAAUGGUGAUGGAAAUUGCCUUAUGCAUGCUGCAUCGCAGUACAUGUGGGGUAUUGAAGAUAUCGACCUUGUCUUAAGAAAAACACUGUUUAGUGCUCUCAGGGAGAUUGACACACGGAACUUGAAGCUCCGCUGGCAGCGAGAGGCUGUUAAAUCCCAGGAGUUUGUAGAAACGGGACUCCAUUAUGACACCCGGAACUGGGAGGAGGAGUGGGAAUACCUCAUUGAAAUGACCUCCCCAGAAAUAUCUGGGGCUCGAAAUAGGCUUCCCUAUAAUGCGCUGGAAGAAAUCCACAUCUUCAUCCUUGCUAACAUCCUUAGAAGGCCAAUCAUUGUUCUUGCAGAUAAAGUGGUAAGAAGCUUAGAGUCAGGCUCCAGUUUUGCUCCUCUGAAUGUUGGUGGUGUUUACUUGCCUCUUCUGUGGCCAGUUGAAAAAUGCUACAGAUACCCGAUUGUGCUUGGCUAUGACAACAUGCAUUUUACACCACUGGUGACUCUGAAGGAUGGCGGGCCAGAAAUCCGGGCUGUCCCUCUGGUCACCAGUGAGCAAGGCAGAUUUGAGGAUUUGAAUGUGCACUUUCUGACAGAUGCAGAAGAGAGGGAGAAAGAGCAGCUGCUAAAAGACUACUUGAUAGUGAUAGAAAUUCCAGUGCAAGGCUGGGAUCAUGGCACAACUCAUCUAAUUAAUGCUGCAAAGUUAGAUGAAGGCAACCUACCCAAAGAAAUAAACCUCGUGGAAGAUUACUUUCAACUGGUACAGCAUGAGUACAAGAAGUGGCAGGAGAAUGCUGAACCUGCUAGAAGAGAGACAUGUUCCAGGAACAGACAGGAUCUGUCACUUUCCCAGCUCUCCCUCUUACAGAUGAAAUGUGAAACGCCAAAUUGCCCUUUCUAUAUGUCUGUGAACACCCAGCCCUACUGCCACGAAUGCUUUGAGCAGAGGUCCCAAGGAAACAAAGGAAGAAAGCAGACCUCCAAAGCAGCACCUGAGAAGCUGAAGGCAGCUGGGUCAGGCUCCUCCCGUGGGGAUAUUUGUGAACCUGGGGGAUGGACAUCUGAAGGGCCUGUAACAGAGCCUCGCUCUGCACCUCCGACCGCUCCCAGCCUUUUCCUGUACAGUGAAACCACAGCCAUGAAGUGCAGGACCCCAGACUGCCCCUUCACAUUGAACGUGCAACACAAUGGGCUAUGCGAACGCUGCUACAACUCCAGGCAGCUCAGUCCUUGCAACAACUUGGAUGACCAGAGACACUUAGACUAUGCCACAUGUAAGAUGUGCCAUCAAAAGGCCAAGAGGACCUUCAAUGGUAUAUGCAGCACUUGCUUCAAAAGGUCUACAGAGCAGUCCCCAAAUGGCAGUCCCACUUUCCUGCCCACCUGCCACCAGAGAUCAACCUCUGACCCGUCCCAGAUCUCACAGAUUCUCCACCAACACUCCUGCUAUCAGGGUCCCAACAGCCAUGGCAAGGAGCCCUCACCAGCAGCACUGCCUUCCAAAGAGAACAGGGGAGGCAACCUCUGUAGGAAACCUGGCUGCAAAUUUUUUGGGACAUCACAAAAUGAGGGCUUUUGCACACUGUGUUUCUUUGAGUACAGGGAAAACCAUGACAGUGUUUUGCUACGGCACCAGAGGAGAUCUCAGAGGAAGUCUUCAGCAGCAGACCAGACGGGGAGCUCCGCUGCCGGCUUCCGUAACACGGUGUCCUGCCAGCGGCGCGACUGCGGCACGCUGGGCAGCACAAUGCUUGAGGGCUACUGCCAGAACUGCUUCAUUAUAGCCCAGAACCAGCGAUUCCAAGAAGCCAGAAGGACAGAAGAACAGCUGGUGAGACAGCCAGAAAGAACAGGGCAGCACAGAGAUGCGCAGCGAGCAGCACUGAGUGCCCAGAAGAGACAGUGUGCUGUGGCUUCGUGUAGAAACAACCUGGCCUGCAGAAGUGAUGACCUGUGCCCGGAGUGCCGGCGCCUUGGUCAGCUGCCACCGUCAGGGAGUGCCAGGGAGCCAGUGGCACAGGAGCCUCCCAAGCAACGCUGCCGAGCCCCUGCCUGUGAUCACUAUGGCAAUGCCAAGUGCAACGGCUACUGCAAUGAAUGCUACCAGUUCAAACAGAUCUAUGGCUAGUGGGGAACAAGAAGGCAAUACCAACUACUUCCUUCCCUGAAAUGGUGCUACAUCCAAAACACUUAACAGUUCUGGGAGUGGGAGG